UCCCCUCUCCCACUUUCAUUUGACCCCAAUCAUGGGGAAUUGUUGCUCUUGUGGCAGCUCCGCCGAAGAUGCCAAUGAAAAGGGAGACACCAUCACGGCGGAAGAAGCCAAGAGUCCUAACGGUUCCAAGCAGGACUCACCAUCAAGGAAUAAUACAGCCUCCCCAGCAGACUCCUCCAAGCCAUCCAAGUCUUCCCCAAUCGGACCCGUCUUAGGCCGCCAAAUGGAAGACAUUAAAGCCACCUACAACAUUGGGAAGGAAUUGGGUAGGGGACAGUUUGGGGUCACACAUUUAUGUACUUGCAAGCAAACCGGGGAACAAUUCGCUUGCAAGACCAUUGCCAAGAGGAAACUUGCUAACAAAGACGACAUCGAGGAUGUUAGAAGGGAAGUACAAAUCAUGCAUCAUUUGACAGGCCAGGCUAACAUUGUGGAACUCAAGGGAGCUUAUGAGGAUAAUCAUUCGAUUUAUUUGGUUAUGGAGUUAUGCGCCGGAGGCGAGCUAUUCGAUCGGAUCAUUGCUAAGGGCCAUUACACCGAGCGUGCUGCUGCUUCUUUGCUUCGAACAAUCGUUCAAAUUGUGCACACAUGCCAUUCCAUGGGUGUCAUCCAUAGGGAUCUGAAGCCUGAGAAUUUCCUAUUGCUGAACCAAGACGAAAAUUCCCCCUUGAAGGCCACAGAUUUUGGUCUAUCAGUCUUUUACAAGCCAGGUGAAGAAUUUAGAGAUAUUGUUGGUAGUGCAUAUUAUAUAGCACCUGAAGUCCUAAAGAGGAGAUAUGGACCCGAAGCUGAUAUAUGGAGUAUUGGUGUUAUGUUGUAUAUUCUUCUAUCUGGGGUUCCCCCUUUCUGGGCAGAAUCCGAAAAUGGAAUAUUCAAUGCAGUUCUACGUGGCCAUGUUGAUUUCUCGACUGCUCCAUGGCCUUCAAUUUCAGCUCAAGCCAAGGAUCUUGUUAAGAAGAUGUUAACUGUGGAUCCCAAGCAGAGGUUAACAGCAGUCCAGGUUCUAAAACAUCCAUGGAUCAAAGUGGAUGGUGAAGCACCUGAUACACCUCUUGACAACGCAGUGCUAAGCAGGCUCAAACAAUUUAAAGCAAUGAAUCAGUUCAAGAAAGUUGCUUUAAGGGUCAUUGCGGGCUGUUUAUCAGAGGAAGAAAUCAUGGGAUUGAAGGAGAUGUUCAAGGGCAUGGAUACUGACAAUAGUGGAACAAUUACACUAGAAGAAUUGAGGCAAGGUCUCGCUAAGCAAGGAACAAAACUCUCUGAAUAUGAAGUUAAACAACUAAUGGAAGCGGCUGAUGCAGAUGGAAAUGGAACUAUAGACUACGAUGAGUUCAUUACGGCCACAAUGCAUAUGAAUCGAAUGGAUCGAGAAGAGCAUCUCUACCAUGCCUUCCAACACUUUGAUAAAGACAAUAGCGGGUUCAUCACUACUGAAGAACUAGAGCAAGCACUACGUGAAUAUGGCAUGCAUGAUGGCAGAGACCUAAAGGAAAUCAUUUCCGAAGUUGAUAUUGAUAACGAUGGAAAGAUCAAUUAUGACGAAUUUGUUGCAAUGAUGAGAAAAGGAAACCCAAAGAGGCGGCGUGAUGUUGAUUAUAUUUUAUGA